AUGACGGUAUUUAUCGCAUCAUUAUUUCUCCCUAAAACCGUCCACUUCGCCCUCCCCGGAACGCCUCAACGUGGCGACCCUUUGCGCCGCGCCAAAAAGUCCGAAAAGUCCCAGCGAACCGAAGGCGACAACCAACCCAGUCUCUUCAACCCGAUCCGCGACAUUACACCUCCCAUUACCCCGACCGAAGACGUUGUCCCGAAAGAUCCCUUCACGAACGAGGACGGUUUCCGUAUAUUCCCCGACGAAGAGCGCAAGCGUGGUGCGCCAAUCGACAAAGGUUCUCCCAAGUGGGGUGCUAGAGCCACCCAGCCCAAGUCCCGCGCGAGCUCGCCCCCGCCUGCCUUCAUCGCCGAGCACAGUCGCACCCUCGAGAAGGCUAGAGAACUUGGUCGUCAGGGCAUCACCCAGCCUCGACCGCUCGUUAGAAGCGACAGCCAUGACCGGGUCUUUUCCCACGCCAACUGGCGCGUUAUGAACGCCGACCAGGGCAACGGUGGUUUGCGCAACGCCGCCGAGGCCGCUGCCCGCGAUGGCAAGCUUGGAGAAUACACUUGGGUUGGCACCCUCGGCAUGCCCACCGACGCCCUCGAGGGUACCCAGCAGAAGCAGGACAUCGAGGACAGGCUCGCCACCGAGCACGACAUGCUGACCGUCUUCUGCUCCGACAAGGACUUUGACGGCCACUACUCGCACUUUUGCAAGCAGAUUCUCUGGCCCGUCUUCCACUACCAGAUCCCCGACAACCCCAAGAGCAAGGCCUUCGAGGAUCACUCAUGGAAGUACUACGUCAACGUCAACCAGGCCUUUGCCGACAAGAUUGUUAAGAACUGGAAGCGCGGCGACGUUAUCUGGGUACACGACUACCACCUGCUGCUCGUUCCCGGCAUGGUGCGCAAGAAGCUGCCCGACGCCAAGAUUGGCUUCUUCCUGCACGUUGCCUUCCCCUCUUCCGAGGUUUUCAGAUGCUUGGCCGUGCGCAAGCAGCUUCUCGAGGGUAUGUUGGGUGCCAAUCUCAUUGGCUUCCAAAUCCACGAGUACACUCGUCACUUUUUGCAGACCUGCAGCAGGUUGCUGAGUGUCGAAGCAACCACUGAUGGACUGCAGUUGGAGGAUCGCUUUGUCGACGUGGUUAACUUGCCCAUCGGCAUUGAUCCUGUCAACCUCAGCGAACACCGCGGCGACAACGAUGUGAAGAGAUGGGUCGAGAUCAUGAAGGAGCGCUACCAGGGCAAGAAGCUCAUUGUAGCUCGCGACAAGCUCGACCACGUUCGCGGCGUUCGUCAGAAGCUUCUUUCCUACGAGCUGUUCCUGAACAAGAAUCCCGAAUGGCGCGACAAGAUUGUCCUUAUCCAAGUCGCCCUCUCCGGUAGCGAAAAGUCUGAUUUGGAUGCGACUGUUAGCGACAUUGUCACCCGAGUCAACUCUUCCUGGGCCAACCUGGCCUACCAACCCGUCGUCUACUUGAAGCAGGAUAUCGACUACCCCCAGUACCUUGCCCUGUUGACCAUGGCCGAUGCGCUGAUGAUCACGAGCCAGCGCGAGGGCAUGAACUUGACAUCGCACGAGUAUCUCUUCUGCCAGGAUGGCGAGGUCUUCUCCGAGAAGAAGCAUGGCUCGCUAAUUCUGUCCGAAUUCACUGGUACAUCGUCGCUAUUUGGCGGCAACGAGCUUUCGGUCAACCCCUGGGACUACCGCCAAUGCGCCGACGCGAUCAAGACAGCACUCGAGAUGGGCGACGAAGAAAAGGAACGCCGCUGGACUGCGCUUUACUCGGCCGUCAUGCACCACACCGGAUCGCACUGGUUCAGCGAAUUCUUGUCCCGCCUCGAUCGCGUAUACGACGAGCAGCACAAGCACGACCAAACUUCGGUCCCGCGUCUCAACAUCAACACUCUGGCUCAGCGAUACUCUCGCAGCAAUCGACGCCUCUUUAUCCUCGACUAUGAAGGCACUUUGGUUAGUUGGGGCCCAAUGAACCAGAUCAUCCCUGUCAGCCCUCAGCGUACCCUGGAUGUCUUGAACGAGCUUCUGCUCGAUGAGCGCAACACCGUCUAUAUCAUGUCCGGCCGCCGCCCGGAAGAGCUCGACCGAUUGUUCCGCCGCGUACCCAACCUCGGUCUCAUUGCCGAGAACGGCUGCUUCCUCAAGGACUGCGGCAAGAACACCUGGCAGGAGAUGGCGGACAGAGAGCAGAUUUCCAGCUGGAAAGAGUCCGUCAAGUCCAUCAUGACUUACUUCCUCGAGCGUACCCCCGGUGCCGAAAUCGAAGAGCGGCGCUGCAGCUUGAUCUUUCACUACAAGAGCGCCGAGGAUUACGAGUCCGCGGCCCGCCAGGCUGGAGACUGUGCCAGUCAUGUCAACGAUGCAUGCGAGGCACAGCGUGUCCACGCCAUUCCUCUCGAUGGCUCCAUUGUCGUUGAGCCCAUUGACUGGACCAAGAGCACCGCGGCAGAAAAGAUCUUUGAUGAUCUCCGCGUCCACAUGGCCCCUGACUCGGAGCACAAGAGCCCUGUUGACUUCCUCAUGGUCGUUGGUGACGGGCGUGAGGAUGAAAAGGUGUUCAAGUGGGCCAACGCCCUUGGAGAAGACAAGGUUGUCGAGGAUGUUGUAACUGUCAGCUUGCACAGCCGCAACACUGAGGCCGGUGCGACAUUGACACAAGGUGUGAGCGGUGUCUUGCUAGCUCUCCAGAAGCUUGCCACUACUCAGUAA